CUAAGAGGGGAAAAAGAAGUUGAAAUCAAUCCCUUUUCACACCCAAAACCGCCAUUCGCUUGUCAAUUUGUUCUUGUUUUUAAUAAUCUUUGUAGCUGGGCGUUUACUGUUUCAAUCCCUUCGAUUUUCUAUCCAUAUUUUAAUCCUUUGGGGGCUUCUUUGAAAUGGGUUUUUUGGUUGGUCACCUGAAUUCUAGCUGCCUUGUAUUGACUUCCCCUAGAUCAUGGGGGCCUGCCCUUGUCCUUCUAUGCUAUCCUGUCUUGUUCUUUAAGCUCCUCAUUUUUCAAGUUUUGGCUCAAGUUUGGACAUAUAUGAGAGGUGAAUUUCUCUUUCUCCUCCCUGAUCUUCCUUGUUUUCUGUGAAAAGCUAUGCAGAUUUCUUGAUGUUCUUAACUUUUUCAUAGAAAAUUGGUUGAGUUUCUUGGAUUUUGGGUUCAAAUUCUGAUCCUCCUUGAUAUGGGUUAUUUUGAAUCUGGGUUUUUUUGAAUUCCCCUUGAUCAAUCCUUUUUGGAUGGAUUUGUGAUUGGUGGCAACUGUUAAGAGAGGCACUUUCUGGGUUUCUUCAAUAGCUAAGGCUCUUCAAGUUUAUUUGGUUUUUCCUCUUGAACCAGGACCAAGGAAGUGCCGAAGUUUUUGGGGAAUAUCAGCCUGUUAUCCCUAGAGUAACCUUUAUCCGUUGGAUCACUAAGGUCGACUUUAGUCCCGGCCCGAUAGUGAGGGAAUCAGCUUUUGGAAGGGACUAUGAAGUGUUUUCAUGUAUUCAACAACAAGAGAAACAUUGUUGAGCUAAGGAAAUCUAGGAAAUCGAAUUCGAUUCUCUCGUGUAACUCGAAUUCGACGUCGAUGAAUCAAGAUCUUAAGAUGUUUGACUCGGACGUAAAUUCUCAGAAUGUCUCAGAAUUUAGUGCAGCAUCCUCUGCUAUAUCAUUUGCAGCUUUGUCUCAAAGACAUAGUAAUCUUAGGGAGUUCACAUUCUCAGAUUUGAAAGCAGCCACGAAGAAUUUCAGCCGCUCGCUCAUGAUCGGAGAAGGAGGAUUCGGUAGUGUAUAUCGAGGCGCUAUCCAUAACUCAGAUGAUCCACGUAAAAGAAUAGACAUUGCUGUUAAGCAAUUAAGUAGAAGAGGAUUGCAGGGUCACAAGGAAUGGGUGACAGAAGUGAACUUUUUGGGCGUUGUCGAACAUCCAAAUCUCGUCAAAUUACUAGGCUACUGUGCCGAGGAUGAUGAACGAGGGAUCCAGCGACUACUCGUAUACGAAUAUAUGCCUAACAGGAGCGUGCAAGAUCACUUAUCAAGCAGGUUUAAUGGUUCUCUUCCAUGGGCAAUAAGAAUGAAAAUAGCUCAGGAUGCUGCUCGUGGCUUGGCGUAUCUGCAUGAAGGAAUGGAUUUCCAGAUAAUAUUUAGGGAUUUCAAGGCUUCCAACAUACUUUUGGAUGACCACUGGAACGCUAAGUUGUCUGAUUUUGGAUUGGCCAGGCUGGGGCCUUCUGAUGGACUGAGUCAUGUCUCUACAGCGAUUGUAGGAACAAUAGGAUAUGCAGCUCCUGAAUACCUUCAAACAGGACGACUCACAGCGAAAAUCGAUGUAUGGAGCUACGGAGUUUUCCUUUAUGAACUGAUUACUGGUAGGCGUCCCCUAGAUCGAAACCGCCCUAAAGGCGAGCAAAAGCUCUUGGAAUGGGUCAGACCACACCUAUCUGACAUAAAGAAGUUUGAGCUGAUAAUGGACCCUAGACUUGAAGGCAAGUAUUCUCUUAAAGCUGCUCAUAAACUAGCAGCUGUAGCGAACCGUUGUUUGGUUCGAAAGGCUGCGGUACGCCCGAAAAUGAGCGAGGUCUUGGAGAUGGUAACUCGGAUUGUGGAAGGGGACUAUCCUGAGAGCCCUCUGCUUCCAGUAAAGAGCUUGAGUUCUAACAAUGAUUCUGAAGGAUCAAAAAGUGAACCUUUGAGAAAACGGAUUAUGAAUUCAUUUAUUGGAGAGAAUGGUUGUUUGAUUGGCCUAGCUUGGAGACCCAAAGUUGUGAGAACUUGUUGAACAAGGUUGAGAGGAAUGAUACUGGAUCAACUACAGUAGUUUUGUUUGUGCAGAAAUUUACUCUUUUCAGUGUCCAAAACUGAGCGAGUGUGUAAGUUAUAUAUAUACUGGAAACCUGAAUUAUUUUCAUUUAGUUUUAAUAUGGAUGGAAUUAGCACUAA